AGUUCAGCACAGAGAGGCGGGAAACGCUCUUAAAAGCGUCCACGUCGAGUCCUGGAAACUACAAUUACCAAGGGGCCAUAGGACCCUGGGCGGUUUCUCUUUUCCGUCGAGUGAAACGUCUGAAGUUGCUUCUGAGGGAUCACCUUGACUGGCCGUCAAGUUCAGCACCGCCCCAGUCAUAGGAUCAGUUGCCGUUGAGAUGGGGACCAGCCAGUCGGUGUGCUUCCCACCUGUCUCAGGACCCCACCUUGUAGGCUGUGGGGAUGUGAUGGAGGGUCAGAGUCUCCAGGGGAGCUUCUUUCGACUCUUCUACCCCUGCCAGGAGUCGGAGGAAACUGUGGAGCAGCCCCUGUGGAUCCCCCGCCCUGAGUACUGCACUGGCCUGGCCGAUUACCUGCGGUUGAAUAAGCGCUGGGUGGGGUUGCUGUUCAACCUGGCUAUGGGAUCUUGCCGCCUGCCUGUUAGCUGGAACGGCCCCUUUAAGACGAAGGACUCUGGAUACCCCUUGAUCAUAUUUUCCCAUGGCCUUGGAGCCUUCAGGACGUUGUAUUCAGCCUUCUGUAUGGAGCUGGCCUCCCGUGGCUUUGUGGUUGCUGUGCCAGAGCACAGAGACCAGUCAGCUUCGGCUACCUAUUUCUGCAAGCAGGUCCCAGAGGAGAAUCAGCCCACCAAUGAGUCACUAGAGGAGGAAUGGAUCCCCUACCUUCAAAUUGAGGAAGGGGAGAAGGAAUUCCAUGUUCGGAAUCCCCAGGUGCAUCAGCGCGUAGGAGAAUGUGUGCGGGUAUUGAGGAUCAUGCAGGAAGUCACUGCUGGGAGGACUGUCCUCAACAUCUUGCCUGGAGGGUUGGAUCUGAUAACCUUGAAGGGCAGCAUUGACUUGAGCCGCGUGGCUGUGAUGGGACAUUCAUUUGGAGGGGCCACAGCUGUUCUGGCUUUGGCCAAGGAAGCCCAGUUUCGAUGUGCUGUGGCCUUGGAUGCUUGGAUGUUUCCUCUGGAGCGUGACUUUUACCCCAAGGCCCGGGGCCCUGUGUUCUUUAUCAAUGCCGAGAAAUUCCAGACAGUGGAGAGCGUCAACUUGAUGAAGAAGAUUUGCACCCAGCACAAGCAGUCCAGGAUCAUAACUGUCCUUGGUUCUGUUCAUCGGAGUCAAACGGACUUUGCUUUUGUGACGGGCAACUUGCUUGUGAAAUUCUUAUCCACCCAAAUCCGUGGGAGCUUGGACCCCUAUCAAGGUCAGGAGAUUAUGGUGCAGGCCAUGCUGGCCUUCCUGCAGAGGCAUCUUGACCUGAAAGAGAACUAUGAUCAAUGGAACGACCUCAUCGAAGGCAUUGGACCGUCCCUCAUCCCGGGGGCUCCACACCAUCUGUCUAGUCUGUAGGCUCAACUGGCCAUUUGUAAAAGGUCACUCGAGCUGAGCUUCCCGGGGCCACCCAUAGCCUGUCGGGAGGGGUCCACAGGACUCUCUUUCACUGACUGAGAGGAUUAAUCACCCUGCUGAUUGGAUAGCUGGGUUCUUUGAUCUUGGACUUGUUGAUCUUAAACUCACUUUGUGACAGGGAUCAUUAACUGAUGGACAAAGUGAUUCUGUGGGACCCUGAUGGUGUGGGGAACAAGCAGUGGGGGGGGUGGGGGGAGCGAGGGGAGAGCCGGGCCCCAGGCUGAGCCCUGUGGAGCCGGGAGGUGAAGACUCAGCCCCUACCCGGCCCAGCCUCCUGCCUCACCUUGGGCCAGUGCUGCUUCCUCUGUGGCAGAGCACAGAGGGAGACCUUCAGGGCUUCCUGCCUGCCUGGCACUUCCUCUCCCCGCCUCUCCACCUUCUCCCUCCCCAGGGCCACUUGGUGACACAGGCACUGUAGGUAAUUUUCAAGGAUACGGGCCAUCACCAGAUUUGCCAUUUAUUUUCAGUUUUUCUCAUUGCGUGAAGCCUAGUUCUGGGCCUCAGUUAUACCUCCAGCCCACGGGAGGCGGGUGGUAUUGUUCUGACAGGGAGAGUCUCUGCAGGACAAAGGGGGUGCCUCAGAGUUCUGGGUGUUUGAGGGUUUUGCCAGGAAGCAAAUGAGCAAGUUGGUUUGGGCAGAGAGGAGAGUAGUGCUGUCACCGUUAGCACAGGACUUGCCACAGAGGGAGGUAGUUUGGUCAGCUCAGACUCCGAGGCCACUCCUAGAGAAGUCUAGGAUCAGCUCAGUUUUGCCUGUUACCUCAGAUAACUUGAACCACCAACCUGCUCAGAAGCAGGGCGCUUUAAGUGGUCUUUCUUCUUUGCCUCAGGAUCUGAGGCAAAAAAAAAAAAAAGAAAAAAGAUGAAAUUUCCUUUCUGUUCCAUUUAUAAUUUGAAUGAUAUCGAUACUCACGUUUGCCUAAUGAUAGAUUUGGAAUAUUCUCUCUCUUUAAUCUGCAUUAGAUCAAGAGGGGGAGCCAUCUGGAAGUUACUCUUCCUUCUGUCUCUCUUUGUUCACUAACCACGUGGGCCCUGUGUACAAGUGUUUGUAAGGAAAGGAAGACUCCAAGGCAUCUAGUUCAUCAGCCUGCAACUCCACCUCCACCUUCACGGCUCCUAGCCUCUGUCCUGGGAGGGGACCCGGAGCAGGCAGGAGCAAAAGGGAAGGGCAUCUACACAGUAGUCCAAGUCAAGGGUCACCAAGCAAGCUGGAGGCUGAGCACAGUGGUGCACGCCUGUAGUCCCAUGGUCCAGGAGGCUGAGGCAGGAGGAUCACGAGUUCAAAGCCAGCCUCAGCAACUUAGUAAGACCCUGUUUCAAAAAAUAAAAAGGGCUGGGGAUGUGGCUCAGGGGUCAAGUGCCCUUGGGUUCAAUCCCUGCUAUCAAAAAACAGAAAAGCACACUGGAGGAUCUGUGAAUUUCGUGGCACCCUAGGAGCAUCAGGAGGAUGUCAUUAAGUCCCAGGGAUCUGGAGCUAUAUAGCCUGGUUUGGAGUCCUGGCUCCAACAUUGCUAACUGGGUGAAUGAGCAGAUUUUAUUCUCUUCCCAGUCUCAGUUCCUGCAUUUCUAAAGUGAGGGUGUGCACUAUGAAGAGUUGGAAGGAUUAAGUGAGGGGUAUAUUUAACCCCUGGGUUAUUAAAAUUUAUGUUUCCUACUUUCCAAACACAUGAGGGUUUUCUAGCUGUAGGUAUUAUUUUCUCAAUCAAUUGCUUUGUGGUUAGAGAAAAUGACCCACAUGGUUUACAUCCUUCAGCAUUUGUUGAAACUUGAUUGUUGGCCAUGUGUGAGGUGCAUUUUGUAAAUAUUCCAUGCUUGAAAAGACUGGAUUCUUUAUGUGAUGACACGCUCUUCCUCAACAACGCAUCAUGGAUUUCCUUUCACAAGAGCAUAUUCAGAUACACGGUAGGGCCCUCCAGCCCCCACGUGGGGACCAGAGUCCCUCAGCACUUACAAGAUGAUCCCUGGACCAGCCCUAAGGAGUUACCACCCAAAUGCAGUAGCACUUGAGACCCUGCUUCUACCUGAGACCCAUAAGUAAUACAGGUAUGUUUUGCAAAGCCCUCAACAGAAGGUCUGGGACCUCUCAGGAGAAAGGAAUGGUUAGAAACGGGACCCUCUUCUCCAUUCAGUUCAGCUAUGACUCAUUGGAUUAGGUAGAUUUUCCAUCUAGGUUAAAAUUACCCAUUAAGCCACAGCAUGUAAUAUUGACUCUUAGGAAUGGGCAUACCAAAGAGAACACCACUUCUUAGAGUGAACUGACCCAUUUAAUCUUUUAGGAUUGUGUUAGGAUAGACUAGAUGAUAUGGUGCUAACAAGCAGCCCCCCCAAAAGCAAUGAAAGUUUGUUUCUUGCCCUUGCUGCUUGUCCUCUGUGGGUCAGCUGUAGGCUCAGCUCAGUGUCAUUUUUAUCCUUAUUCUGGGACCCAGGUGGAUGAAGCACCUACCAGCUCCAAAAGCUUCUAUCUAGAAGUGACACAGUUACCAUUCAUGUAUUGUAAGUCAGAGUCCAUUAUCUGGCCAUUCAUAGCACCUCCUGCCAUUCCAAGAGAGCCCAGAUAUCAGGGACCAGGUCUCAUGUCAGAGCGGAGGAGACCUCUGGUCUCUGGGUGGUGGGUGUAUUUGCACCUGCCCUCCAGCUCCCAGCAGCUGUCCUUUUAGUCCUCUUGAUGGCUUUUCAGAGUUUGCGUUCUCUCCUGUGGUCAUGCUGCCAGUUGUCACUCUUCCAAGCCUUUAAUGUGCCAGCCACUAGCAGCCUCCCUCUUCACAUCAAAUUUGUGACUCCUUAUGUCCGUGGGCUGAGAAAUCAGCCACAUUAUUUGAAACUAUGCAUCAAGGAAAGCUGGACAGUCACAGAGGCUUUAGGGACCCUUCUACAACCAAGCCUGUUUCCUGUAGCUCAGGGUCUUUGUGGUCCCUCUGACUGCCGGGGAGGGAUAUCACGAGGCCUUUUGUCAUUUGUUCUGCUUUUGGGUUAGCUGUGUCCCAUCACAGCCAGAUGCAAAGGCCAAGUGUCACUGGCCAUAGCUGUGUGGCAGAAUGACAGUGAUGAUCACAGUAAUCACAGCCAGUGUUUCUCGAGCCCUGCUGUGUGGCAGGGACUGCACUCAGUGCUCUGAAUGCAUCCUGUACUUCUCACCGUAACCCCACGAGGUCAGGGGCAUGAGCUUCAUCUUACGCACAAGGAAACAAGCUUAGAGAAGCGAUUUCAUGACCGGAGCAACAAUUUGGCAAAAGUGGGUCUUGGCAUCAAAAUCCAAGCUUCCCGUCACUGAGUCAUAGUAAUAGUACCUAAGAGACAUACCUGGUUUUGCACUUGCUUUGGUUUCUUCAGACUGUCAGAGUAUGGGCAAUAAAACUUCAUGAUAGAUUGAAA